AUGAAACCCCUUGCUUCAAUCCUCUUCUUCUCAUUUUCCAUCAUCGCCGUCUUCUCGGAACCAACACCGAUAACCACUCAUUCUGAUCACCCUCAACCCAACCAAUCUUUCAACCCCAACCAAAUUCAAACUCAGAAUGCUGGUGGGAACACUUGUGCUUACACUGUGACUAUAAAGACAAGCUGCAAAUCUCCAUCUUAUACCAGAGAUCGAAUCAGUCUUUCUUUUGGCGAUGCUUACGGAUAUCAGGUUUAUGUUCCAAGAUUGGAUGAUCCUAGUUCAAGGACAUUUGAGAGGUGCUCUACAGACACAUUUCAUGUAGACGGACCAUGUACUUACCAAUUAUGCUAUCUGUAUUUAUACAGAACAGGAUACGAUGGUUGGAAACCAGAGAGUGUCACAGUAUCUACCUUUAACUACCCGCCUGCUACUUUCUACUACAACACUUUCAUUCCUAAUGGUAUUUGGUAUGGUUUCGAUAACUGUCGUAGUUACUUACCUUCCACCACUGCUGCAGCAAUCUAG